AUGAAUCUCACCGCCGUGCUCUGUAUCGUGGCUUUGUUACCACUGCAAGGGGAUUUUCAAGAGGUUCACACUGAAAGUGUCACUGUGGAGGAGGGGCAGGAUUUAAGCCUACAGUGUGAUUUCACCGGAGACCACGAAUCUGCCUUGGAGUGGUCAAACCCUCGGGGGUUUGUUAUUUUUCUAAAAAGCCACCGAGGUUUAAAAGAUCAGAGAUACAAGCUUAUCCACUAUUCAAAAAAUAAAUUAUCUAUCAGCCUCUCUAAUGUCACAGUACAGGAUGAAGGCACAUACACAUGCUUCUACUAUGACACACCAGUCAAAACCAAGAAAGUGAAUGUUACUGUCUUAGCUGCUCCCUCCAAGCCACAGUUGGAAGUAUCCGAUAUUAGAACCAAUGGCAAAGAAGAAAAGAUUGUACUGAGCUGCUUCACCCAGGGAAGUAAGCCCCCUCCUCAGAUUACAUGGCUUCUAAAUAAUGGGCUGGAAGUCUAUGGUGACAUCAAACACCAGUUUGAACACGAUGGAAAGAAAUGCAACACAACCAGCAGUCUCGUAGUCCAUGCAUACAACCGAGAUUCAACAGCCAGUUGUGUCAUUCGUCAUGAAACCCUACGAGGAGAAAGACUGACCGUAUCUUUCCAGUUUGAAAAUUUCACGACUACUACAGACUCAGCUCCAAAUGUGUUAGAAAUAAGCACGAGGACCUCUGAGCAUCCUCAGGAUUAUAUGGAAUCCACAGAAGCUACCCUGCAAUCUAUAAUACAGACAUCACCUGGGAGCAUAUCUCUAGCAACAAGUACCCAACAGGAAGUUUUUUCUUCUCAGACAACUGUUGGAUCCAGCCAACCAAACUUUCCUACCACUGUACCUGAGAAGCCAUCUAGUACCAGCUUACCAGCAAUACCGACCCAGCAGAGGGAACUACCAGCCAACAUAACUAUUUGGUCAGAAGUAACACUAACAGUAAAUGAGGAAAAUUCUAGUACAGAAGCACCAGCAACAAGUAGUGAACCAGCCACUCAAAAUGCGAACAGCACCAUUGAGCCAGAAAGAACUUUGAACGUCACAGAAGAAACAUCUGUUACAGAUGUACCAGCAAUAAGCAAUGAACAAUCAACUCAAAACUCCAACAUCACCACUGGAUCUGAAACGACAUUAAAUGUGACCGUUGCAGAAGAAACCUCUGGGACAGAAGAACCAUCAAUAAGCCAUGAAGAAACAACUCUGAAUUGUAAUGCCACCAUCAAAACAGAUCUUAAUUCUGAAGGAAUCAGACGAAGGCAAACAAGUGUUUUGUUGCCAGUCCUGGUAGCGGUUCUCAUUUUUGUGAUGCUCAUCAUCGUCCUGCUCUUCAUGAGGAAGCUGCAAAAAGCACACAGAGUCUGGAAGAGAGAAAAUGACACUUCAGAGCAGACACUGGAGAGUUACAAAUCCAGGUCUAAUGAAGACAAUCAAGCCCCUGAGAAGAAUGGACAAGUUGCCAAUCAGAAGCCUACUAUGCAAUACGUAACUGAAGGAUAUGCAGGAACAAUAAAGUCGAAUUCAGAAGAAAGAUCUGUUUCAACAUUUGGGAAACGGCUGGCAUAUGGAAAAGAAACGGAUGUAUAG